AUGUAACCCAAUAACCUACAAUAGUGACAAUUUUAUUUGCAAAUGUACCUAUUAUUUUUACUUACAGUAUUUCUACAAAUGCACUUGCCCUAUUGUCAGAAUAUUGAACAGAAUGAACGAGAUAUCUUGUCAGAAGAAAGCAGGAACUUGAGAUGUUGCGCACAAAAAUUAAGUUGUUGCAAUAAGCCACCCGAAGCAACAAACUUUGAGGUCAGGGCAUUAUUCCUGAAGUGCGAUAAUCAUUCAGAUCAAACUAAGGAUACACAGAGCAUGAUGAAAAGGACUACUCUAACAAGGACAAAGAAAAAUGCAACUUAUUAUCAUGAAUGUAAGACAGACACUGAAGUGGUAAACAACUGCACGAAGAAGAUACGGUUUACCAUCAAAAUAAAGAACUAUGGGGCAACAAAUUGUAAAGAUCAGUACAUACUGAUUGAUCAUGUAUACGAUUCAGUUACCCAGAAGAAACAGAAGCUACUGUACCCUUACAUCUUGAAAAUAAGGCAAUAUCCUAUCAUGCAGUUAUAUUCUUUGGGGUAUAAUACCUUGGUAAAUGCGCUGGCCAAGGAGAAGGUCUACAAUAAGCAUGAUCAAGGAUACACAGGCUGUAACGUAGACCCAAAGUCGGAGAAUGCAACAUGUGGAACGGUAAAAUACGAUGAUGAGCCUAUUCCUUACAGCACUGGUUUUUGCUGUUCUUGUGAUAAAGGCAAAGAUCGAAAGGUAGUUCACACUAUAGUUGACACACCACCAGCCGAAUCUAAUAGUAAUGGUCAACAUAGAAUGCAAGAAUAUGAUAACAAACAGUGUGGGAGCCCAAAUAACUACACAGAAGAAGGAAACGUCGACAGAGGGGCUUCGCAAGGACAUACCUCUGCUGAAUCCGAAGCCUCAAACCAGGAAGACCAAAACCAGUCAGAGUCUGAAGGAUCUGGAGAAACCGCUUCUAGUGGUGCCUGCAGCGAACCCGGCGGCUGUGUACAUUCGUACCGCCUUAGGUCAGAUCAGGAUCAAUUAGCGCAGGCUAUGGCUAGAAGAGUUUUCGUUCAAAAACGCGGUGGUCAAGAUUGUGAUGACAGAUACACUCCAGCAAAUGUAGAUCCUGAGACAUACCAAGCCAGCACUCAUUGCCUCGAAUUCUCAGACAUUUGGUAUUCUGUUUUCUCUUUGGAUCGACCUAGAAUAUAUCACCUACUAGCUAUCCAGAUAUUUUUUAAAAUGCAAGAGAAUGAAGGUUCGAAUAAAUGGAAAGACCUCACAAAUAAAAGACCUGUUUACAUGGGAACUGAAAUUCCGCGCUACACAAAUGAGCCAAAUACCAUUGCAAUGAAUUACGUGUCAAGGAAAAUUAGCGAGAGCAGUUUUGCUUUAAAUGGAAGGAAUCUCAGUUCCACCGCCAGAUCUCGGUGUACGCUCAUUAAAGCCAGACCAGUAAGUCUUUCAUCGCCCAUUUUAUUUCUUAGGUUAAUGAUGCCAGAUGAUUCUCACAGUACCGGUAUUUCCAUGUAUCCUGAGUUAAAGGCAGGUCCCCCUGAAUAUCUUGUGGUAAAGGAUAAUCAAAUCCAAAGCAAUGGAAAAACAUGUAAUGUAGCAGGCGUAGGAUAUGAAGCCUUUGCUAAACAACCCAAUAAAUGUGCGUCUCCAAAAGGAUCAUGCUUGGAGAACCAACCAUUGAACCUUUUGAAGCACGACCACGAUUUAGAAGCGGUAGGAAAAAAAGGUAGUUACUUUCUGAAAUAUUUCGGACUACUGCCUCUGAAUGCAAUAGUUACAAGCGCUACUACCCAGAACAAGACUCUCAGGAUGUACUACGAUGACAAUUAUAUCAGUAUGCUGGAUGUUGAAUUGAACGCUGAUGAAAAUGUAAUGUUAAGGCGAAACUUCCUUGCUAUUCUGACGGAGGUUUACAUCGAAAGUACAAACGGAAAAAGAACCAAUAUAAUCGCGAAGGUAUUUAACAAUGCAUUGAUAUCGGGGGUAUAUAUUGUCGCCAUGGCCGAAUGUCCUCUAGAUAUGCCAGCAAGCUUCGGCAAUAUUGCCUCCAAGCCUGUAUUGAUUGGUCCACAAAAGGUGCACACCUUUCACUUGGAAGUAGACUGUCCGUUAACCAAUAUCGAUUUCUAUUGCACCUUGCAAGUUCUGAAUACGGAUUCACAGUUGUUGUCCUAUAGAAGAAUCAGGAUACGUAGUGGAGACAGAUGUAUUUGCAUGUGGUACUGCCGAUGUGCCUGUCUACUUGAUGACGGAGCUCUCAAAUGCAAUCAUCUACCUACUGAGAGCUAUUUAGCAGCUGGUUUUCAAGGGGGUAUGCCGCUGCCUAUUCACGUGGUUCAAUAUACUUUUAUAGACGACAUGAUUGCGAUGAUGUUCUUAGUACUGCUUUUUGUAUGUAUCAUAUUGCUGUCCAUGGGGUUAGUGAAGGCUCUUGUUGGUCUGGCGGUAAUAUCGGUGAGUGAAUGGGGCUUCGAUAUCAUCUACGGUCUACCUAAACGCAUUCAGAAAUACAACGAGAAGCACAUCCGAGAGCGCAGUGUUGUUUAUAACGAUAACCUUUGGCCGGUCCAUCCAGAUACGGGUGUGCAAGUUCGCAGCUUGGCCCUCAGUGCGGAGUUUUGUUCCAACUUGGUAUUCUUCGUUAUUUACCCUGUGGCUGUUAUCUGGACGAUCAUAAAAAGAUUUUUUUUUUCAACACAGUUUCCAGAUGUAGAAUGCAAGGAGAACAGCGGUUGUCCCUGUAAGGGUGGAAAGCAGGUGCAGAGAAAGAAUAGCUCGAUGCAGCGGAAAAGAUCACGAUAUUAAAAAUACUUUUAUUAUGUUCUAAAGACGAUAUAUGUACCUCUGAGAGAGUUGUUUCUUUUUACUAAUUUCGAAGCCCGGUUUUACUGCCUAACCAUACGCACUCAAAAAAAUAUUUCAUAAAGGCUUCGUUGCAUGAAGCUUUUAUUUUGCUAGGUUAUCCAAGUU